AUGGGCCUCGGACCAAAAAAUGAGACAAGAAGCACGAGGACUGGUCCUCAGGCCGGACGGGAAGGGAACGAGGGAACCGAGAGCAUCUCAGGACCCGGGCACAAGCAGACUGGUGGCCUAAUGGGACAAAAUAAAGCGAAGGAGAAAGGCAACGAGGCGGCAAGUCUGCGUCGGGGGAGUGCGGGAGGUGUGAAGAAAACAAUGAAAGCCUUUGCGGAUGGGUGGAGCGUGAGCGCAGGGGCGUGGGCGGCGCGUGCGAAGGCCUCGGGCCUCGGGGCCUGGUCUGGCCUUCGUUCCAAGGUGUCAACACUUCUUCCAAAAUCUAUGGAGCGGAUCGGUGCGAGGAUGAAAAAGAAGCGGAAAGGGGCCGCCGGCCGGGGGAGACCGGGGUCAGCGCGGUCGCCCCGGGAGCAGAUGGCGGAGCAACGGAAGAAAAGACAAGCCGGCAAGCCCGCUGACAGCGGCGCUAGGAGCGGAGUGAAUCUGAAAAGCUUCUUGCUGCCAUCUCUGCUGCAGCGGAUCGAUCCAUCCGCCUACAGUGCCGGUGUGUGGCGGCAGACCGUGUUCCCAGGUCAAGGCGAACGGGGCCGGCCGGGGCGGGAAGAGGGGCCGGAUGCGGUGGACCUGGAGCCUCCCUCAGGCCGGCCGCCGGUCUUCGACGACCUCGUGGAGUUCCCACGUGGCCCCGCGGAGGCCUGGGACCUGUUCGUGGGGGACGCGCGGCAUUUGGCGGACUCGAUCUAUCGGCUCCUGGCCCCAGCGGCUGCGCUGCCCAAGGCGGGCCCCAGCCGUCCCCAGGUAGGCGCGCGGCCAAAGGCAGCUAGGGUCAAGCAAGGGCCCUUGUAUGCGACCCCGCUCGUCCUGCGCCAGAAGAAAGCCAAGGCAGCGGUGGCGGCUAGCGCCUCGACAGCAUGGCCCCAGGUGUCGGGGCCGGGGGGGGAGGGAGACACGGAGAGGGAGAAGAUGGAGCUUGAGGCCCUUGAUUGGGCGGAUCAUGGGGUCGACAUGGAGAAGGAGGAGCAGGGGGACGCCGAGAGCGAGGUCUGGCAAGGCUUACGGGGACGAGUGCGGGAGAUGAUCGAGGAGAGCGCGGGCGCCCCCUCUGGGGCAGAGUACUACGCAAUGGAGGGGGCGGGAAGCGAGCCGCGGGAGCAGGAGACGGGGGCAGGGCGUUCCACGCCUUCAUCUAGGCCAGGAGAGGAAAGGCAGGAGCGCCGUCCGAGCAGGGCCAGAAACCUUCCCGUGCCUCUGCGGGCGCCGCGCCUGGUUGACCGCCUGGACGAGCGGCCCCGCGGGAUCGCCGCCGCAGGAUCCUCUUUGCCAGUGACUCCGGCUGCAGCUUCUGAGACCUUUAGCGACGAGAGGAUCAUGGACGCGCGCGUGCCUUUGCCGCCUUUCCCCUCACGACCGCCCAUGGAGGACGAGUACUGGCCCGUCCCCGCGUCCUCAGCGUUUCAUGCCUCUUCUGCCUUCGACGAGGAGGAAGAGAUGGGCGAGGGUAGGGCCGAAGAGGAUGGAGAGGAUUUGGACGACACUGCAGUCGCGCCCUGGCGCCGGGGCCUACCUGAAUGGCUGAAGCGCGUGAGCCUCACUCGUCUGCUGGUCAGAAAACCAACCCCCGAGCGGAUGCUGGAGGUAAUCCGUCGGCGGCAGCAGGUGCGACGGAUGCCCCGCAAGAUGGAUGACGCCUUCCUCCGCACUGUCUCCCGAAAGUUGCAAGGGAACCGACUCCGCAUUCGGUCCUUUCAGCUCCAGACCGACAGGUACCGCAACUCCCUGCUCUCGGCGGGCGCCUAUGUGGACGCCGUGGUGUCCCUCUUUGGCUCUGCCAAGGAGGCUGAGGAGGUUCUCUUGCCUUUGACGCGGUGGCUCCCCGAGGCCUCCAAGCGCCGAGGCCUCUCGGAUGAGUACUGGGCGCGGCGCCGGGCCCGGCUUGGCGGUUUGCAGACAGUUGAGUCGCGCCAAGGGGGUGAAGGGAGUGCGGCCGGGGGCACCCGGGCGCUCCUGAAGGAGGCUGGGCGGGUGGGGUUGACGGCAUCGACGGCUUGGAUGGCGAGGAUGAAGGCAGCGGUAUCAGAGCGGGUGGUCGGGUUGACGCGAGGGCUGGAAGAGCUCGGACGGGCUCUGGGUAGUAUUACCUGCGGCAAAAGCACACUCAUUGAAUUGUCUUUCGAGGGUGGAAAAGAAGAGGAGGAAGCUAAGGAUGGGAAAAGCAUGAGUAUUGACGAUCCCACCGUGUUGGCCUUGACAGAACUAGAGCGCGAGCUGAAAGGACGGGGGCAAGUCGGUGGGAAUGGGGGCGAUGACGACCCCAUGGCCCGCAUUGAGGACAUAUUAGGGGACAGAAAUGCGGCCUAUUUUCAGCAGCGGUUGGACCUAUACAUGCGGGGGGGGCUCUCGGGUAUGGAUCUUUAUCGCGCUUUAAAGCGCCUGUGCCUGGCAAAUGAGAUGCGACUAGAUCUGGUAAUGCGGCAGCUGCGCGAAGAGUCUUUGCGGGGCGAUGAAAGGUGGCGUAGCCAGAAUGAGAGAUUGGGGGCCUUGCUACGGAUUCAUGAGGGACAGAGGAAAAUCAUCUGGUAG